AUGCAUUCUUCGGUCCUUUUCCUCUUUGCUACUUGUUUGCCGCCUGUUUGGCUGAUGGACCUGAAGGCUCUGGAUGAAUUUGUGAACCUUCCUGACCCUCACUAUGAAUAUACCUUCCUGAAGAGAAAGACUAAUCAAUUCUUUGUUAGGAUUGUAAACACUGAUCUCAUCAACAUGACCUCCCAGAAGUGGCUAAACGAAUCUGAAGUGGACAAGCCGAUCUGGUGCCAUAACCUGACAAUCUGUGUGCCCAAAGUGCCUAGAAUUGUCGACUCUUGUCUCCUUAUAAUCCGAGAUGGUGGAAAUAACUCCCCUGAUCCCAUCCAAAUGGCUAAAUCCACUAUAAAAGCAAUUGAAACAAAAUCGGUUGUAGCUCUGCUUAAGCAACUUCCUGCGCAACCGCUCACCUUCUAUGAUCAUCCUUUAGGACACAAGAACAUUACUGGAUUUAAUAUAUUUGCAUAUUCAUGGUGGAAGUUUAUUAAUGACCCAACUGCACCUCCGGACCAGCUUGCACAAUUCCCAAUGGUCAAGGCCGUUGUGAGGGCCAUGGACACUAUUGUCCACUAUAUGAAGAAAGAAUAUCAUCGAGACAUAAGAAGAUUUACGUUGAUGGGUGUUUACUCGAGUGGCUGGAUUGCCUGGUUGACGGCAGCAGUUGACAAGAGAGUUGAAGCAAUCACAACCAUUGGCAUGGAUUUCCUGAAUUUCAAUGAGAGUUUCCACCACCAAUACCGAGCAUAUUGCGGCUGGUCAUAUUUGCUGAGAUCCUUCUAUGAGAUGAAUAUAACCCAAGAGUUGGACAAUCCCCGUUUCAGUGAACUGGCUUCUCACGUGGAUCCUAUGGCAUACAGUGACCGAUACAAAGAGAAAGCCAAGUACAUAGUCGUUUUUUCAGGGGAUGAAUUCUCCCUGCCUGACAACUCACAUUAUUACAUGUCUCAACUGGAAGGUGUGAAAUAUCUGCAAAUUAUCCCAAACGUUGAUUAUCAGGUUCAACGUGAAUUGAAGUAUCUAAAUCGCAUCCUCGUCUUCUAUGCCGAACUAAUAAACAAGAAGCUUGGAUCUUACAGGGUUUCCUGGGAGAUAACAAUGACAAAUACUAGUGCGAUUAUCACUGUGGUUGCCUACAAUGUUUACAGAGUCUAUUCUCACCAUGCUGAUACUGUUGAUAGUACCAGAAAAGAAAUGUUUAUAGGGAAGAAAUGCAAAUACCAAAAAAAGGAUGGAGUGGCGUCUUCAUUCAGGACAGCAGAAGUAUAUCUGCAAGAAAAGAUGCUGAACGGAAUUGCAAUUUCAUCACAGGUUCUAUAUCCAGACUACGGAGGCAGUUUACGCUUCACAGCAACAUCAGAAAUGGCCAUCCUACCAGACACUUAUCCGUGCCCUGAUUGCAAUGAAGAGGAAUGCCACGGAACGCUGGUCUGA